GGGCCCGCCGAGCGCCUGAGGGGCCAUGGCGGGAGAGCUGGAGUCGCUGGAGUCGUGCCUGGAGCGGCACAUCCCGCCCGGGGAACUCGCCGAGGUGAAGCGGAUCCUCUAUGGGGGCGAGGCCAGAAAACUUGAUUUGCCAACAGCUGCGCUGUCAGCAGCUCAGGAAAAGGAUUUUGAACUACAGGGCUAUGGAUUUGAAGCUGCUCCGGAGCAAUUGAGAAGGCCACGUAUUGUUCGAGUGGGGCUGAUACAGAAUAAAAUUCCUCUUCCCACAGACACAGCAGUGGCAGUCCAGGUGGCUGCUCUGCACAGACGCAUCGAGGAGAUGGUGGGAGUGGCUGCAAUGUGUGGGGUCAACAUUGUGUGUUUCCAGGAGGCUUGGACCAUGCCCUUUGCUUUUUGUACAAGAGAGAAACUUCCUUGGACUGAAUUUGCUGAGUCAGCAGAGGAUGGGCCAACAACAAAAUUCUGUCAAGAGCUUGCAAAGAAGUACAACAUGGUUGUGGUGUCUCCAAUCCUGGAGCGAGAUGAACUGCAUGGUGGAGUUCUGUGGAAUACUGCAGUGGUCAUUUCUAAUUCUGGAGCACUCCUUGGAAAAAGUAGGAAAAACCACAUUCCAAGGGUAGGAGAUUUCAAUGAGUCUACUUACUAUAUGGAAGGAAACACAGGACACCCAGUGUUUCAGACACAGUUUGGGGCAAUUGCUGUGAACAUCUGCUAUGGGCGCCACCACCCCCUGAACUGGCUCAUGUACAGCAUGAAUGGGGCAGAGAUCAUCUUUAACCCUUCAGCCACUAUUGGGACACUCAGCGAGGCGCUGUGGCCCGUCGAAGCCAGGAACGCUGCCAUUGCCAAUCACUGCUUCACCUGCCCCAUCAACAGAGUAGGAACGGAAUACUACAAAAACGCUUUUACUUCUGGAGAUGGUGGGAAAGCACACCACGAGCUGGGCCAUUUCUACGGCUCGAGCUACGUAGCUGCGCCCGACGGCAGCAGGACCCCGGGGCUCUCCCGCACUCAGGACGGGCUGCUGGUGGCAGAGAUGGACCUCAACCUCUGCAGGCAAGUCAGUGACAAAUGGAAUUUCAAGAUGACUGGUAGAUAUGAAAUGUAUGCAGAAAAGCUUGCUGAAGCAAUCCAGCCUUUCUUUAUACCCAAUAUAAUCAAAGAGUGAGAGAGAGCAUCUCAUUACACUCAAAUGUUGCAAGACAAAUUAAAAGUUGAUGCUUUAUAGCUUUGCUGUGAAUCACAAGGUGCUCUUUUAAUGCUCUUUAAUAUCAGUUUAAUUUCAUGUAAUCAAUUUUAAAUAAGAUUCAAAACUGUGUUACGUAAAAUAAUUGAAAAUGGCUGAAGUGUUUGUUAUUUACAGUAAUGAGUCCAAAGUUUUGUUCCUUGCUAGAAGUACAUCCAGUGUUUUCCUAGAGUAGAAACACAUACUAUGAUAUAGUUGAUGAGAUCAGAGGACAUGAAAAUUUUGAAAUUGAAAUGUAUUGUGAAAUUUUGCUUCAUAUGAUUUGGGUGAU